AAACAAUCCUAACCUUACAUUGCGGCUCCUGUGAAUUUCAGUCUGCUAUCCGGUUAUAUGGGUUAUAUCUGGCAACAAACUUUCUAUUUUCGGAAAUAAAGUUUGCUAAAAUGAAUUCAUUAAGAAAAAAACUCACAAACCGAAAUUUAGUGCAAAAUGCGCUUCUACAAGUUCAAUCUAUCACAACAGCCCCAGGAACAUCCACAGAAAUUCAGAUACCCACCAGGAAGGAAAGAGGACCUACCGAUAUUUUAAAAGCCCUGGAAAGUACAAUCGGCCGAGACCCCACAGCACCACAUUAUAAAUAUGUGGACGAUCCCUAUUUAAUUCCUGUAUCAAACCUCGAGAAAAGAUCAUUUGCUCUCUCAAAAGAGGCGGGUAGAAAAGCAGCAAUGUGGGUUCGCGAGCAACACGCUGAUUUUUUCCAGCAUAAAAAUGCCGUACCUGUUAUCGAGUCAUUUCUUCCUCGAGCUGUUUAUACAGACAAGAAUCAAGUUUCUGAAGAUUUGCUAAUGCACGUUAUUAAAUCUGGGAAUGUUACCGAUUCACUUAAAAUAUAUCAGCUGUUGGAAGGCGAUGUAAAGGUUGAAACUAAACUAGCCUUGUUUGAGAUGUUGUGUUUUUACAAUUCUACGCAACCAAUUGAUGAUGAACUGAUAGAGGAACGCUGGUUCUCUAUUUCUAAUCGAAGCGCCUGGGUCAGUACGUGGAAAGAAAAUGCAGACAGAGAAGCUUUGUUCAAAAGUUUGAAAGAACAAGGUGGAGAUAUAGCUACAGCAGCUUACAAUGCCUUGAUCUGUGGGUGCUCCAAGUAUAAAAAUUUAUACCUAGCUUGGGAAUUAUACGGGGAAUGUAAGGUAAAAGGAAUACCCAUCUGCAAAAGAGCGUAUGAUUAUUUGAUCAGUGGGAUUGGAAUGGUAAAAAAAUUAGACGAUGGCCGCUUAAGUAUGUUGUUCGAUAUCUACAAGGAAAUGGCAGAAAAUCAUUUGCAGCCCGAUAUCAAAACUUUUAACGCUUCUUUGGGCUUAGCGACAAUGAUGAAGAAUGAUCAACGAAACGUGUUUGUUACGAUUUACAAUGAAUUUGAUCGUAUCAAUGUGAAACCGUCUCUUACCUCCUACCUGCACCUGUUAGACUGCUUUUCUUCAACCGAAAGCUUUGGAGAAAAGUCUCUUACGGAAGUUUUGAAUAAGUUGGAAGGCCAAAAAUUGGAAUUAUUGGAUCCACGAGACACAUAUUUUUUCGUUAACGCAAUGAAGAUGGCAUAUGAAUGUAACUCUUUAAUACUUGGCAAAAGAUUACACGAACUUCUUCUCGCACAUAAUAAUUAUGUUCUUAUUGGUGACAGCUACAAGGAGAACGUAUACUAUCGCUAUUACAUGUUACUGCACUUGAAUAAUCUUCAAUUCAAUUCCUUCAUGAAAUUCUACCAAGAAUUUAUACCAAACAUUUACACACCAGAGAUUUUGGUUUUUAAAGAAAUGUUGCAUGUGGUGAAGACUCAAGAACCAGAAGUUGGACGAGAAUUACUACCGACCCUAUUUUCACAAGCCCUCAUGUUUGAUUUCAUGAGAAAUGAGGAAGUAUUAACUAACUUGUUUGAUCUCAAGACUGGAGACUGUAAACCACCACCAGAAUCGCUCUUGCAUAAAACUUUUGCAGAAAACGCCUGGACUACCUGGAAUCAACUUCAGGAAAUAAAAGCCACAGCUAGAAGAGGUUUCAACUACUCAGCCAGUGUGUUGGAGAACCUUGCAAUAUUAUGUCUACGAGGCGAAGAAUUUGAUCAAAUGUUGGAAAUACUUUCCGUUUUGAUAAGUUCGAAGAAUUUAGUGAUCGGUUCUCUGAAACCAGAAUCCAUACGUGAAAUUUUCGAUGCGUGCAUGGACAGGGGGCAUACACAAGCUGUUUUGAGUUUAAUUGAAUAUGCAAUUGAAUACGGCAUGGAUGAGGCAGUUCCGAUGGCUGUAAGAGCUCACAAAACAUUGUCCUUCACCGUAGCACAAGAAAACAAUCUCGUAACUUUGGUUGGCAAAGAUGUCCUCAAAGUAAAACUAUCUGAGGAUGUAUUGUAAUUUUCCUAAUGUAAUGACACUUAGUGAAACUAAGAAUAUAGAUUUCCUACUUGCAUUUGUAAAUAAAUCGUUUGUUAAAGAA